AAGAGCAACAUAUAGAGGCAAUGUUUGGGCAGAGCACUGAGGAUGAUACCAUUAAAUUCAUAAUAAAAGAUUGUGGAGAGGAACACAUUUCCCUGCAGAGAGAUCCUGAUGCUUAUGAGUCAGAUGGUGAGACAUGUGCAGAUGACUUCACAGAAACCAAUUUUCUGAGAAUUAUUAAAGUAGAGGAGACAGACGAGGAUUAUUUCACUGAGAGUGAAGUGAAGCAGUCCAUGACGGGCGAGUUGGUAGCUUCACCUGACAGAAAUGACAAAGGAUCUGCUGAACUGCAGGAAGAGGGGGUCUACCCUCUAGCACUGUUGACCACUGACUCCCAAUUUGCAUUCAUUGGGGAGGGACGAUUUAUUGUGCAGCCAUGUGAGGAAACGAGUCGUGUAGAUAGUAGCGUACUUCAGUUUGCUGAAGAGGAUCAAUAUUGUGCCACCAGUAUGAAUAAGGAUUUGGAAACUCUGGAUGAGCUGAGGAAAAAUGACCCCCCUCGGCCAAAGAGGACUUACUCCUGCUCCAUGUGCUGCAAAAGCUUUUUAUAUAAACUGAAUCUAGAAGUCCACGAGAGACUUCAUGCCCACCAAGCAUCAUUCAUCUGCCUCAGGUGUGACAAAACCUUCAGACGCAAGCAAAACCUGCUCCAGCACCAAAAAAAACACCACCCUAAGGAAGAUGCCUUGCAGUAUGAUCUUCAUACUAGCUUAGAACACAAUGACUCUGCUGAAGUUCCUCUGUCACAUCAUGAGGGCCUCAGGCAGUUUGAAUGUACAGAAUGUGGGCGCAGAUUCAAGCAACGAAUUGGGCUUAUUCGGCACCAGAAGACUCACCGCCAAGACAAGCUCCCAUCUAAGUAUGUUGCUCCUCCCCCAAAAAAGAUUUACAGGCUACCAUGCACACAGGCAGCAAGCACCGGGAAGAAAGGAGAGCCCACAGCUACAGAGGAUGCCUACUCACAGUUGCAUCGACAUCUGCAGCUUUCCACAGCUUUCCUGCAGGACCUAAUCACCUCCACCAGCAGCUUCCAGUAUGACUAGAGAAAUCUUUCAGCUUCACAAAUCUGAAUCACUGCCAAGCACAUUAACCAGUCUCAAUC